AUGGACGCGCCAACGAAGGAGGUGGAGGAAUUCAAUUACAAGAUAGACCUUGAGGGUUUGGUGAGCCUCUGCAAGCGAAGGGGGUUCAUAUUUCAGAGUGGCGAGAUCUACGGUGGCUACGCUGGUUUCUUCGACUACGGUCCGUUGGGCGUGGAGCUGAAGAACAACCUUAAAAGGUGCUGGUGGCAGAGAAUGGUCUACGGGCGCGACAAUGUCGUCGGGCUCGACAGUUCCAUCAUCACCAAUCCUAAGGUGCACCAGGCAUCUGGCCAUGUGGCCAAUUUCUCUGACCCCAUGGUGGACUGCACCAAGAGCAAGCAGAGGUUCCGUGCAGAUCAACUGAUGUGGGCGAGAGUGGAGUUGGAAGACGGCACCCUGUUGGGUUGCGUCUCGGCGGUCGAGGACGGCGACACCAAGGCCAAGUUGGAGAAGGCGGCGAAGAAACUCAUGAAGAAAAGUGGGUCGGACGCGGCGCUGAAGCCGCUGGAGAUGAAGGACAUGACAGAGGCCACAGAGGAGGAUGUGCCGCUGGUGCCGUCGCCCGCCACAGGCGAGCCCGGCUCUCUGACCGGGGCGCGGGCGUUCAACCUUAUGUUUCAGACCCAGGUGGGCCCCUACGCAGACUCUGGCUCCACCAGUUACUUGAGGCCAGAGACUGCGCAGGGCAUCUUCUCCAAUUAUAAGAACGUGGCCACCGUCUCGCGUAUGAAAAUCCCGUUCGGCAUUGCGCAGAUCGGGAAGGCGUUCCGCAACGAAAUCACCCCACGGCAGUUCCUGUUUCGAUCCAGGGAGUUCGAGCAGAUGGAGAUUGAGUACUUCAUCGACGAAGAGGCGGAUUUCGCUGCCGAGCAGGAGGCCUGGCUGCAGGAGAUGUGGGACUUCCUCAAGGGUGUUGGGCUCGACGAGCGGCUGAUGGAGCGAGAGGUGCACGUCGGAGACAAGCUCGCCCAUUACGCCCGCGCUUGCACCGACAUCACCUUUCGGUACCCUUUCGGUAGCUCGGAGCUUCUCGGUGUGGCUGCUCGGGGCUGUUACGACCUGACUCAGCACGCAAACGCCAGCAAGCAGAAAAUGGAGUACCAGGUCCCUCCCCCCGACAAGAAGCGCCAGUUUGUGCCGCACGUCAUCGAGCCCUCCCUGGGCGUUGACCGGCUCUUCCUCGCGCUGCUCUGUAGCGCCUACGACGAGGACGAGGUGGACGGGGAGAAGCGGUCGUUGCUUCGGUUUGCGCCGUGCGUGGCGCCGAUCACGUGCGCCAUCUUCCCUCUGAUGAAGAAGCCACCAGAGCUAGUCCAGAAGGCCCAGGAACUGGCCGCGAAGCUCCGCCGCAAGGGCUACAACGUCGUCUACGACGACGCGGGCUCCAUUGGCAAACGCUACCGGCGCAUGGAUGAGGUCGGCACGCCCUUCUGCUGCACCGUGGACUUCGACACGCUCGAGGACGAUACCGUAACUCUCCGGAGGCGGGACGACCCUUUGGCGGUUGUCCGGCAUCGCCGAGACGAGAUACCAGGCAUCUUGGACGUCGAGUGUGAGGUUCCCAUGCCUCCCAUCUAG